AUGUACCCCCAGUCCAGCACCUGUUCUACAUACCCCAGUCCAGCACCUGUUCUCACAUACCCCAGUCCAGCACCUGUUCUACAUGCCCCUCAGUCCAACACCCUUGUUCUACAUACCCCCAGUCCAGCACCUGUUCUACAUGUCUCUGAAGGCUGCCCUACAUACCCCCAGUCCAGCAUCUGUUCUAUUAUAGCCCCAGUCCAGCACCUGGUCUACAUACCCCAGUCCAACACCUGUUCUACAUAUCCCCAGUCCAGCACCUGUUCUACAUACCUCAGUCCAGCACCUGUUCUACAUACCCCCAGUCCAGCACCUGUUCUCAUACAUAGCCCCAGUCCAGCACCUGUUCUACAUACCCCCAGUCCAGCACCUGUUCUACAUGCCCCCCAGUCCAACACCUGUUCUACAUACCCCAGUCCAGCAACACCUGUUCUACAUAUACCCCAGUCCAGCACCUGUUCUACAUACUCCCCCAGUCCAGCACCUGUUCUACAUACCCCAGUCCAGCACCUGUUCUACAUGCCCCCCAGUCCAACACCUGUCUCUACAUACCCCCAGUCCAGCACCUGUUCUACAUACCCCAGUCCAGCACCUGUUCUACAUACCCCAGUCCAGCACCUGUUCUACAUACCCCCAGUCCAGCACCUGUUCUACAUACCCCCAGUCCAGCACCUGUUCUACAUACCCCCAGUCCAGCACCUGUUCUACAUACCCCCAGUCCAGCACCUGUUCUACAUACCCCCAGUCCAACACCUGUUCUACAUACCCCAGUCCAGCACCUGUUCUACAUACCCCAGUCCAGCACCUGUUCUACAUACCCCCAGUCCAGCACCUGUUCUACAUACCCCCAGUCCAGCACCUGUUCUACAUGCCCCCAGUCCAACACCUGUUCUACAUACCCCCAGUCCAGCACCUGUUCUACAUACCCCCAGUCCAGCACCUGUUCUACACAUACCCCCAGUCCAGCACCUGUUCUACAUGGGCCCCCCAGUCCAGCACCUGUUCUACAUACCCCCAGUCCAGCACCUGUUCUACUAUACCCCAGUCCAGCACCUGUUCUACAUACCCCAGUCCAGCACCUAUUCUACAUACCCCAGUCCAGCACCUGUUCUACAUACCCCCAGUCCAGCACCUGUUCUACAUAUACCCCUGAUCAGCACCUGUUCUACAUACCCCCAGUCUGCCCCAUGUCCAACACCUGUUCUACAUACCCCAGUCCAGCACCUGCAUGCCCCUGCAGCACCUGUUACAUACCCCAGUCCAGCACCUGUUCUACACAUACCCCCAGUCCAGCACCUGUUCUCAGUCCAUACCCCUGUUCUGCAUGCCCCAGUCCAGCACCUGUUCUACAUACCCCCAGUCCAGCACCUGUUCCAGCACCAGGGGGCAUUUAAUUAA